UCAGCGAAGCUUUUUGUUGUAGAUAAUUUGUCAUUUGACGUAUGUCAGCUGACCAUUUGCGAACUCUACCUAUGCAAACGUAGAUUAUUGAUCAAAAAGAGGAAAAAUGGCUUUGCAUUCGGCAAGAGGAAAACUUAUAUCCGUUAUUGGUGAUGAAGACACCUGCGUAGGUUUUCUUCUGGGUGGAGUUGGUGAAAUCAACAAGAAUCGUCACCCCAAUUUCAUGGUCGUUGACAAGAAUACACCAGUGAGUGAAGUCGAAGAUUGCUUUAGACGUUUUGUGAAGCGCGAUGAUAUCGAUAUUAUUUUGAUUAACCAAAAUUGCGCUGAACUCAUACGUCACGUGAUUGAUGCACAUACAUCACCAGUACCCGCUGUGCUGGAAAUCCCUUCAAAGGAUCAUCCAUAUGAUGCUAGCAAAGAUUCCAUUCUGAGACGUGCAAGAGGCAUGUUCAAUCCUGAAGAUUUGGUUUAAAAUUUAAAUAAUAUAAACACAUGAAAAAUAUUUAAAAAAGCAAACUUUUCAUUCACAACCCCAGUAUUCCAAACUAUUUUGUUGUCAUUGAAUAUGUAGUAAGUUCUUUUGAUUGUAAAUAAAUGCAAUAAUACAUGUUAGUCGACUAAUUGGUUCCAACUCUA